CAACAGUUCAGGCACAUUAAACCAGAACUCAGUGCAGAAACGUCCGCAAAGGAAAAACUUACCGACGAGCGUUUACCUGGAACCUUCUAUUGUGUCGCAUAAUUCCACACGGAACGUUUUGAUCGUUGCACCCGCGAGCUGUCAAGUCAACAGAAGUCGCUCCUGUCGUACCGGCCAGGAUGGCUCAGACGGACAGCAAGGUUCUGGUGCUGGGAGCGCUGGCCGGAGUGGCCGGCAUCAGCCUGGCCGUGGUAUGUUACCGCGGUUUAAGAUCCAAGCGAAGAGUCUCCUGGCCGGGAUUCCCGGGAUUCUACCAGAACCGCACCAACGACCCGGGAUCCGGCCUGCUGCUGGUGGACGGCCCUGUUCUUCCCAGGGGUCAGGCCGAGGUGCUGGAGCGCCUGGAGGCCCUGAUCCAGUGUGUGUCUGAGCUGAAGGAAGAGAUGAAGGCGCUGAAGACCGCGCUGCCCGCCCUGCCGAACCAAGUCAGGGAGGAGCUGAAGGGCCACAGCGAGGCGCGGCGAUUCAGCGCCCAGCACAGGACGGCAGCGACGAGGAGGAAAAAAGCAGCAGGCGCCGCCAGCAGCCCAGACAGACGGAGCUCAGAGGACGCAGAGAGCGAGGGAGGGUACAUAACUGCACUGACAGACUCCGAGGAUGAAGAGCAAAGCGAUGAAGAGCAAACUCCAGGCAAGCUAUCCAUCCUCCUCGACAGAAUCGACCGCUUGCGUCAGGGCGGCGAGUCGGACAAAAGAAAAAGUCUGAGCGUCCUUCUGGAGCAGAGAGACGAGUUUGGGCAGAACUCAGAGUUCCUGUGGCGGCUAACCCGAGCUUACUGCGACGUUCACGACGUCAGCGGCACUCUGGAGGAGAAGAAGACUCAUGCAGAAAACGGUAAAGCUGUUGGUGAAGAGGCCAUUAAAGUGAAUCCCAAAUGUGCUGAAAGUCAUCAGUGGUACGCCAUCAUGUGUGGAAUCAUGGCAGAAUACGACUCGAUACAAAACAAGAUAAAGAACGGUUACAUCUUUAAGGAUCACCUGGAUAAAGCCAUCGAGUUGAAGCCGCAGGACCCCCUGUCCUACCACCUGCUGGGCCGCUGGUGCUACGCUGUUGCUCAGUUGUCGUGGAUAGAGAGGAAAGUUGCUGCAACGCUAUUUGGAGAACCUCCAAGCGCCACAAUCGAAGACGCACUGAAGAAUUUCCUGAAGGUUGAAGAGAUUCAUCCUUCGUACUCGAAGCUGAACUACGUGUUCCUGGCGAAGUGUUAUAAAGCUUUGGGGCAGAGCGAGAAGGCCAGGAAGAUGUGUGAAGCUGCAUCGUCCAUGAACACCGUCUGCAAAGAGGAUGAAGAAGCGCAAAAGGAGCUGGAUUUACUCUACCCUUCAGUCAGAGUGUGAAAACGCGAAGGAACCAUUCUGAAGUUAUUUAUAUGUAUACAUAUAUAAUAUGGGGGGGAAUCAGUAGGUGAAAAUAUCUGUUUGAUUCACUCUGUGAGUGCAACACUAUCAUAUAUUUUUAUUAGUUUUCUUAUUCUUUUGGUUAAUUCUCGUUUCUAAUCAUGAAAAAGUUCAUAUCUGUCCAUUUUUAUGUUAUAAUCUGAGUUUAUGCACUUAUUAUGUAUGUGAUUUUUUUUUUUUGCUCCAGACUUUAUACACAUGGGUGACGCCAUAUACACUACAAAAACAAUCUUACCAAGUAUUUCUGGUCGAGUUUCUGGUGCAAAUAUCUAACGACACUUUAAAUACGGCAAAACAAACUAACAAGAAACUUUUCAGCAAAAUGAACAAGCUUGUUUUAGCUCCUAUAUCCAUAUUUAUAUCAUGGGAAAAAUGUUUUAUUAUAAGUGAAAUAAUCAGCCAGUGGAACUAGAACUUUUUCAUCAAUAUUGAGGAAUUAUUGACAGAAAACAUGGUCCUCACUGAAAUGUUAGUUUAGUUAGUUUUGUCUUAUUUUAAGUGAAGAUAUUUACACUAAAACAAACAAAAUAUAAAAUGUGUUUUUGCAGUGAAAGGCUCUGCUGCAAAGAUCAUUUCAUGAAAUCAUCUUCAGUUUCCACCUACGCUAAGAGAAACGGGUCAUAUUUCAGAGAAUCCCACAGAGUUUGAGGCAAAUUAAAACAUUUACCUGGAAACAGAAAUGAAACUGAAAGAUCCUGCUUCACUGUAAAAAGUCAUCCGUAACAGAAUCUCAGCAGUUUUCCCAACAACUUUUAUUUUGUUGCGCCAGAUGAAUCAUUCAGCUCUGCUUCUCCCUUUUCUGAUGUUUUUAUGCAGAAGCAGUGAAGGUUCUGCUGGAUUGUGGCUCCGCAGUGGAAUUAGAUUAUCACUAAAUCAAUGAUUCAUUUAAAGACCAGAACAUUAUUUGGAACAACAGCAUAAUAACGACUGAUGGAAAAGUCUGACAGCGAAGAUGAAACAACCAUUAUGGACGGAAACAUAGAGAGCAGCAGCAAGUUUCAAAAAACUCUGAAAGUUGCAUUAAUUUCAGACAUUCUCUAGAAAAAAAGUGGAAACUUUUUCCAAAAAACAAUUUCCAAAAGUCAAAAAUUUCCUAAAAUAUGUGAAAUUUUUAUAUUAAUUCAAGAUAUUUUCUUGAAAAAAAAUUACAUUUUUGUGUUCUAACAGCUAAAAAUUUGCAAGACAGAAAUCUCAAUUUUUUAAAUAGUUCUUUUAAAAAAAACUUGGAAAUUUUAAAUUUUCAGACACCAGAUAUUUUUGAGAAAAAAAAUGCAGUAAUUUUAAGUUUAAUCUGAGAAAUUUGAAACUGGGUCAAAAAUUUGCUCAAAACAUCUCAGAAAGUUUAAAUUCAGAAAUUUCAGACCUCCAAAGGUUGAAAAUUUUCUCAGACAUAAACAAAAUCUCUGAGAUAAAACUUGGAAGUUUCAAAAUCUGAAACUUUCAUUCUGAAAAAUGAAAGUUUUUCAGAAAACUGGGUUCACCUGGGUUCACCUGGGUUCACCUGGUUAACGUGAACAUGUUUUUAAAUUACUUGGUGUUUGUGGGGGAAGCGGCGAGCGACGGGAAAAAUUCCCCAGGAUCUGUGAAUCAUCUGAACCCUGAUUUACAUAAUUCCUCCUGAAGCAAAAGUAGAAGUUUACAGAAAGUGAUGAGGGUGACUGAAAAAAAGGAAAUAUUGACUUUAUUCUCAGAAUUCUGACUUUAAUCUUCUGAGAAAAAAGUCAGAAUUCUGAGAAAAUUAUCAACAUUUUGAGAAUAUUCUGAGAAGAAAAUUUGAAUUUUGAAAUUUAAACAAUUCAGAACAUAAAAAGUCAAGUUUGAUCAAAAUGUAACCAAAUUCUAAGAAAAUUCAGAAAAAGUCUGAAUUCUUAGAAAAAUCAAAAGUUUGAGCAUUUUUUUAAUUCAUGUUUUUCAGAAACCCAAAUUAUUUUCUGUAAAAGUCAGACUUUCUUCAUUUUACUGUUGUAUUUUUUGGGGGUAAUUUAUUUUAUAUGAAGAUGAUUUUCAUUACAUUUUAUGUAUAAAGUUCAAAUGAUGCCGUUUGAAGGUCAGAUAAGCUGUAGUUUAUGUAAAAAAAUAUGUAACAAAACCAUGAAUAUCAGGAGUUGUGAAAAAGAAAAGUAGAUGUAUCUGUUGGUGUUUUGAUGUUUUUAUUAAUCUGAAUGUAUCUGAGACCAUUACUGUUGGAUUGCUGUUUGAUAUUCCUGGAUGCUUUAUUGAUGUUAAAUCUCACACUGAUUUUAAUUCUGACAUAUUGGCUCCCAGAUUAUUAUGAAUCCUUUUGGAUUGAAUUAUGCAACUUCAGUAUAACUUACGUUUGUUUUAAGGCUUUUUAUCCAGCAUGUACGAAGAGCUUCGGGUCAAAUGUACGACACCGAAUCAGGACCUUCGUAGAGAAAAUACGAAACAGAAGAAUCAGAAAGUUUUACAUUAUUCAGAGUAAAAGUCUAAAUUUUGCUAAAAGAAAAAUCUGAAAUUUUGAAAUUAAACUCAGAAAUUUUCUAGGAAAAGUCCAAAUGUAAGAAACUCAGAAAUUUUAUUGAUUUUUUUUACUUUUUAAACUAAGAAAUUUCCUUGUUUUUUUUUUUUGUUGAAAAUUUCAGCAAUUUUUGAUGGAAAUUUAGUCGUUUUUGCCGCUAAAUGACCCUAAAGCGCCGUCAUACAAACAAACAUUCAUAUCCUUUUAAAGCUUCUUUUCUUCCUGUGUGUCUUUGUUCUGCCUUUUUUUACCAGCUGAAUGUACGUAAAUGAUUUAAAUAUUUUUCUGACUGGCUGAAGCUGCGGCUCAGUCAUUACUGGAAAGUGUUAGUAAAUCUACAAAUUACUGACUGGAGGAAUCGUUUUCCUGCCUUGUUUGUGUUCUUUUCUGUUUUAUUGGUGUUUAUUAAAAAAACAGUAACACGUUU